GGCCCACUAAGCCGACGGAGGCAGGCGCUGCGAGUGUGUUCCCUACCCCGCCGGCCGCCGCCUGUGCUGUGCCGCGCCGCCAUUGGACCGCCGCCCCGCCGCCCUCCUCCUGCUCCCCUCCCGCUCCCGUCUCCCCGCCUCCAAGCUACGACCGCGCGAUCCGCGCCCCGUUCCGUACUGCUGCCCCGCCACUGCCUGUUCCCCUUUCUGGCUCCCCCGCCUGCGACGGCGCGGCACGACGGCAGUGCUCCCUGGCCUCCGUCGGCUAGUGGCUGCCGCCCGCACCUCCGACCCCGAGCGCCGACGCCGAGAGACACGCAAGGAGGAGGAGGAGGAGGUGUGGAGGACAGGGUUCUCGCGCAACUGCUCGUCCACUCGCGCAGGGGAGUUGUUGGCCUGCUGCUCCGCUUUGGACAGGGAGGGAGAGCUCACAUGGACAUGAAUGAAGAGCAACCUCACGUUGAAGAUCGGUGCAUACUAUGGUCGGAUGGGAUGCAGCUGCUCAAAGACGCGGCAGAAAGAAAACACUUCCUCCGUACCGGACUUGAAGGCAUUGACACGCUUCUUGGAGGUGGGCUGCGCAAAGGCCAGUUGACAGAAAUAACCGGCCAGUCAUCUUCUGGUAAAACGCAGGUCUGUCUAUAUUCUGCUGCACAUGUUGCAGCUAGGCACAUGGGUGUUGUUCUCUACUUGGAUACUAGUAAUUCAUUCUCCCCUACCCGAAUUGCUCAUAUUCUUGAUGAACUUCCCAUCUCUUUGAUCAAAGAGCCAAAGGAUGUGAGGCUUAAGAGGGUCAUGAGCAAUAUCAUUUGUGAGUCUGUAUUUGAUAUAUUUGCUUUGUUUGAAGUACUAGAUCGACUUGAAGUCUCAUUGAAUGGCAAGGUAACUAAUGGCAGUAACAGGAUAUGCCUGCUUAUCAUUGACUCGGUAUCAUCUCUACUUGCUCCCAUUAUCGGCGGGAAGAAUUCACAAGCAGGGCGGUCGAUGAUGAUAUCAGUGGCGAUGAUUCUUAAGAAGUUGGCACAUAAGCACAAUCUAUCUGUUCUGGUAACGAAUCAUAUGGUCGCCGGGAACGGAGCUCCAAAGCCUGCCCUUGGUGAGAGCUGGAAAGCUGUUCCACAUAUCCGCCUGAUGAUCUCUCGUGAUCGUGGGAGCAAUAUCUACACCGCAACGACGCUGAAGCAUACACUACUGGCUUGUGGCCGCCAUAUGAAAUUUCAGUUCCUACCUAGCUGAAUUCGCCGAGCAUGCAUGGUGUUUGAGGAGAACAUACGUACCAGGUGUAUCUAGAGAAAUGUGCGGCUGCACACGGCGACAAUUGGGCAUGACUAUCGACAGCUUCACUGGCGUCAAGAUUCAGACUUGGUCGCUCCUUUGCGUAUAAUAAUGACCGAACGUUUUCUUUCUUUGCAUGCAUCACAGGAUGUGCUGGAUAUCUUAGUAUGAACCACAUACAGAUUGAAAUGAGUGAAUAAAAGCACUAGAAAAUGUCUAUAUAAAUUCGAUUCAGAAAAAUGUUAGAACAUCCAAUA